AUCGAUUCCGUCAACUCCAACUUCAUUCAAUCUUCAGAAGCGCUUCACUCGAGAUUCGUCGUUCAUCCAACUAAUUCAAUUGUCAGAUCGGUAAUUAACGUAAACAUAAAUAAGAAUGUUGGACCGAAGUCACGCAGCCUUUCGUUACGACUGAAAUUUUUCUUGGAACUCGUCCAUUUUCUCGACACCGUUCGAAAACAAUUUGUAUGUGGCGUUACUCGUUCAUCGUCGAAAGCAAUCAACCAAUGACACCAGCAUGGCGUCAUCAGCAGUCAACGCGUUACACAUGGAAACUUUACAAGUGAAUAAGCACGAGCCAAUAUUCGAUUGUUUCAAUGAAUAUCAUUUCACAAAUGAAUAUUUUCCUUCGGCGUAUUUACAAGCGAGAAAUCGAAUUCGUUAAUGCUCGUUCACACUCGUUCAUGCUCACAAUACUGUUCCCAUUUGUCCGUCCAUGUUCGUUCAUGCUUGUCCGCGUUGUUCGUCAAGUAUAGAUCCGGCUCAGAAUGCUCGUAAAUGCUAUAGUGGAGUCGUUGUUGUAGCAGUACAUCGACGCGUAUACGCUAUCGAAUUUAUGUUUUCCCUGAAAUUCUAAAAAUUGGCAAACGUUAAGUUCCAAAAAUAUUGAUACAUUGCAUAUUAAUAUCGCCGUAUGUGUAUACUGAAUUUUACAUAGUUUCAUUUUAGUUUUCGUAGAAAUUGAGGUAACCAACAACAUUCUUACGUGUCUAAUUCUGUUUAAUUUCACUGACUCCUGCGAUGACGUUGUUUCAAUAUCGAAACGAACGAAAGAAAUAAUUCUACAUGAAAAAUUAAAUAAAAAAUAUAUCGCAAAUUUUGAGAGAUUCUAGAAUAUACUAAAAACACGUUGUAAUAGUUGUCAGUUUGACGUUCGCAUACGGUAAAAAGAAACUGUUUCGAACCCAUUUAAGGUAAAAUUACCAUUACCACGCACGAUACAGUAAAUAGUGGAAUCAGCAUCAAAUACGUAUUAAUGAACCUUGUAAUUAUAGUAGCCACUUGCUGUUCGCAGUGCGACCAAUUUACUUCGGCAGUGACCAUCCUUUUGAUUCGAUGUUCAUUUGCUAAUUAUCCUCUACCUCGGUUUCACGUACGUUUUAAUUACACUACAAUGGUCGGUAAAACACUUUCAUCGAUAGUUGCUUUUCUUUUUGCUAGAGCCAAACGGAAAAGAUCUUUUCAUUUCUACGAGGAAACUUUGAAUCCUAUCGUAAAACAUCCCCUAAUGAAUAAAAUAUCGCUAAACAAGAAUAAAUACUUUUAAUAGUUUUAGAAGGAAAUGAUAUUUAUAUAAAAGUGUGAUCAUUUGCGAUUACUUCUAAGUUAAAACAAUUUAUUUAAAUAUGUAUUACGCGGUCGUCGAAUCCGCAUUAAUUAUAACUGAACCACGGAUUUCUAUAGAAAUUUAUAUUUUUACAAACACAAGUAAAGAAAUAGAACUUAAAUAGAGAUUCGUUUUGCUUAUUAAAGAUUAUAACGAAUACUUUACUUUGCGUAUUUCCGAUAUUUUAUAUAUUUCUACAAAUUAAACAUAUUCUGUACACUUUUGUCUCUUUAACAAAUACUUUUGGUAUAUAGACACUUUCUACAGCCAUUACAUACAUGUACAUACAUAUAUUAUUAUAUGUAUAUGUACAUCGAAUGAGUCAGCGCACAAGCUCUACUCACAAUCAAUUCACCUGUACGAAUAAUACAAAGCAUAUUCAUACCUUUCCCUAUCGUUCGCAAGGAACGAUCGCACUAAUAUUUCUCAAGACAGUGAUAAUAAUUGUUAAAAAGGAAUUUGAUACCACACGCCUGUUGUACAAUUAUUACUAUUACGAAAAGUUAACGAGCAAUCAUGUCGGUGGAUCUGUAUUACACGCCAAUGAGUUCACCCUGCAGAGCGGUUCUCUUGACUGCCGAGGCCAUUGGUAUUACUUUAAAUUUAAUAGAAAUCAAUUUAUUUGAAGGCGAACAUCUAAAGCCAGAAUUUGAACAGCUGAAUCCACAGAAAACUGUCCCGUUUCUUGUAGACGGCGAUUAUAAACUAUCUGAGAGUCGAGCCAUCAUGUCAUAUCUAGUUGAUCAAUAUGGUAAAAACAUUCGUCUAAAUCCGCAAACACCGGCUGAUCGAGCCUUGGUCAAUCAACGAUUACAUUUUGAUAUUGGUACCUUGUACAGGGGCAUGAAAAAUUAUUAUUAUCCAGUUGUGUUUAGAGGGGCAAAUUACAAUCCAGAAUAUUACGAGGUACUCGAAGGCGCGUUUGAUGUCCUCGAUAAAUUUCUAAAUGGGCAAGAUUACGUGACUGGACGCAAUUUGACCAUCGCCGAUCUCGCAUUGGCAGCCACUGUAUCAACAACGGAGGUUUUCGGUUUCGAGGUGGAGAAAUACGCGAAUGUUGCUAAAUGGAUGGAUAAAAUAAAAUCAUCCGCGCCAGGUUAUCGUAAAGCCAAUGGCGAAGGAUUAGAAAUAAUGAAAAGAUUGGCCGAUAAUGCAAAAAAGGAGUAAUCUAUGCCACUAUUGAUAUAUUAGCAUGUUAUUUGUUAAAUUUAAUAAAACUGUAGAAAGUAGAAAGUAAUAAAGUAAACCUUACCUUCCUUAGAAA